CACCACAGUUGUUUUGGAUUGAUAACCAUCUUUCGCUAUACCUAAUUGUUGGUUUUCUAAAAAACAAUGGCGACCGAAGCGAAUUCGGAUGUCGCUCGUCGUCUGGCGAAGUUUCCCCCGACUAUAUGGGGCACUAGCUUCGCUUCCUUUUCGCUCAAAGAUUCGGAGAUUGAAUCAUAUACAAUACAAGUGGAAGAGCUUAAAGAAGAGGUGAAGGAUAUGCUGAUGCAGUCAAAUACGAAAGGAAUAACCGAAAACAUUGAGUUCGUAAACUUGUUAUGCCGCCUCGGUGUGCCGCAUCAUUUCGAAACUGUGAUCGAACAACACUUGAAUCUUAUCUUCAGUUCACUCCCUGAUUUUCUUAAAGAAAAUGAGUGUGACCUCUACACAGUGGCACUUCUGUUUCGAGUCUUAAGGCAACACCGGCAUAAAGUUCCAUGUGAUGUAUUCAACAAAUUCAAGGACAAUAAUGGAGAGUUCAACAGUGAUGUAGUGAGUGAUGUGAAAGGCCUGCUGAGCCUGUACGAAGCAUCAGCUUUGAGUGUUCAUGGAGAAGACAUAUUAGAUGAGACUCUUGCCUUUACAAAGCUGCACUUGGAGACAUUAUCUGCACAAGUUAGCCCUCACUUGCAAAACCAAAUUAACAAUGCUCUGCUCUGUCCUGUCCAUUAUGGCAUGGAAAGGUUCCAGGCUUUGUUAUAUAUUUCAAUUUACGAAGAAGAUGACUCCAAAAAUGAAAUUCUGCUCAAGUUUGCCAAGUUGGAUUUCAAUCGACUUCAAUUGUUAUACAGAGAAGAGCUAGCCGUAGUAUCAAGGUGGUGGGAAGACAUGGAUCUUGCGGGAAAGCUUACUUAUGCGAGAGAUAGGAUCGUAGAGGUGUAUGUGUGGGCGCUGGGGUGUAUUGUGGACCCUAAAUUGGUAAUGUCUCGCGAGUUAGUUGCAAAAUAUACGCAACUAGCAAUGACUGUUGAUGAUACCUAUGAUGCUUACGGCACAAUAGAAGAGACCCGGCUCUUCACUGCUGCAUUUGACAGAUGUAGUAUUGAUGGUAUUGAUGAGCUACCAGAAUACAUGCAACAUCUUUACAAAGCAAUACUAAGUCUUUUUGAGGAAACAGAGAAUGAAGAAGCAUCUUAUAAAACAUUAUAUGCCGAGGAGAUGUUUAAGGAGUUGACUAGAGCUGACUUACAAGAGGCAGAAUGGUUUAAUAGUGGAUAUGUGCCAACAUUUGAUGAGUACCUACACAAUGCAUUAAUCACAACUACCGGUGAGCUACUCACAUCGGCAUUCUUCCUAGGAUUGAAAGAUGUCGGGAUGAAGGAAAUCAUCUGGGUUCGACAAGCUCCGAUCAUUGUCAAAUCUGCUAAGUUAUUUGCUCGUCUCUUCGAUGAUGUCGCGUCCCACGUGGAGGAGCAAAAGAGGGGAGACUGUCCUUCGAGCGUGGAGUGCUACAUGAAUGAAUUUGGUGUCUCAAAAGAGACUGCGUACGUAGAAAUUAAGAAAAUGCUUGCAAAUGCAUGGAAGGACAUUAAUGAAGAAUACAUGAAUUCGAGUCGCGUCUCUACCACUGUUCUCGAUUACUUCCUCAACUUUGCAAGAAUGGCGAAUUUUGUCUAUAAGAUUCGCGAUGCUUAUACGUACUCCACCCAUUUGAAAUUUUAUGUGUCGAAACUCUUCCUCGAACCGCUCCCAGUUUAAGAAUUAGUUUCUAUGACUGUGAGACGAAAUACCUCAUUUGACUUCACAAUGUGCGUUUCUAAUUAAUUUGGAUGUUAAGUUUGAAGAUUGUUUGAGUGCUUUUCAGUUUUUAUAUUCAAGUUCUGGUAUUUGUUUUCA